AUGCCAAUGUCGACUUUGGGAAAGGAGUUCGGCAGAGCUGUACUUCUCGGAUUUCCAGGUCGCUCGGGAGACAUCAUGCGUCAUCUGGAUUGGGAAAACAUGAAAGUGAAAAAUGACAGGCGCUGUUUACGAGAUCUCUGCUCAGAAGACUUCCUGCGUUUACCUGCAUUUACCACCGAAUAUCGAACAGCUGAUGACGAUGGUGUUGACGAGGAAGACGAAGUGUUUGUCAAAUUGUGCGAAGACAAUGGUAGUAAUGUUAUCGAAUUGGACGAUGACAUGGAGUGCGGAAAAGGGGAGCUCACUCACUCAAGGCUCAAGAUGUCGGAGUUGGAGUUGUAUGGCUCGUACUUCACCGAAUACAUGAACGGCGCAGAGGCGAGAUGUCCAGAGACUUUCGUUCCUUAUAGUGAACUUAUACAACAGGACGUGGUCGUGCAUGAAAUAGCCAGGGCUCGUGCCAGCGCUCAGUUCCCUCCCAGAGUAGUGUACGAUUUGGACUUAUUGGCGAUGGAAAUUAAUGAAAAAACAAGCAAACAACCCUCCCAACAUCUCUCCUGUACUGAUCGAACAAGAGUUGGCCACAUUGACCCGAAUGUCGAUCAUCUACUUUUCGAGAGUCGCUUCGAGUGCGGGAAUCUUCGCAAAGCGACGCAGGUAGGUCCGAAUCACUACGAACUGAUUCUAUCUCCUGAUAUUAACCAGCGGAAGGAGCAUUACCAGUGGUUUUAUUUCGAAGUUUCCAACAUUUUGAAUGAUGUUACAUACAGCUUUGAAAUUAUAAAUUGUCUGAAGGCGACUUCGAUGUACAGUAAAGGCAUGCAGCCUGUAAUGUAUUCUGUACGAGAUGCACUCAAUGGUCGAGGUGCAUGGGUUCGUGCUGGUGAUUCCGUAUGUUAUUAUCGAAACUUGUAUGCACUCGACGAAGAUGGCGAGAUGGAGGAAAGCAAGUCCAAAAAACGGUCAGUUUUUUUUUUCGUGUGA